AUGCAUCCAGACUCCUGCACUGAGUUCGACUCCUCGUCCAGCUGUAGCACAGCAUCGCCUGGCGGGGACACCCCUGGGUGCAGCCAGCAUCCUCCUGACUCGCUUUCAUCAUCAGUGGACAGCGCCAAGACAAGUGCAGCAGACUCCUUUGUUCCGACCGUGACUGCAAUCUCAACCUCGCCGGAUCUAAGGUGGAUGGUGCAGCCGACAGUCAUCACAUCUGUCUCUCCGUCGUCCGGCCGCGCGAAGACCAAAACUCACGGCGCGACGCAGCCGUCUUCCCCGGCAGGUGCAAACAAGGCGAAGCUCUCCAGCAGGAAAGGGCAGAGAGAGCAGCCUUCCAAAGAGGAGGAGGAAAGGAGGAGGAUCAGGAGGGAGAGGAACAAAAUUGCUGCAGCAAAGUGUCGUAACAGACGGAGGGAGCUGAUAGACACUCUACAAGCUGAAACUGACAAGCUUGAAGAGGAGAAGUCUGCCCUCCAGACAGAGAUAGCUGACCUGCUGAAGGAGAAGGAGAGACUGGAGCAAGUCUUAGCCUCCCACAAACCAUCAUGCAAACUCCCUGUAAAUGAUGAUGAUGAUGAGGAAGAGGAGGAGGAGGAGGAGGAGGAGGAGGGGGUGGUUAAUGAAGAUGAUGAUAACACAAUGCUGCAGGAUCCCCCAGCCUCCCCACAGUUGCUGUCCAUCUUAGAGAAUGGAAAAACACCAGAGAGCAACACAGCAGUUGGAGAAGCCCCUAUUGGUCAAGACAUGGACGAGGUCCCUUGCAUUCCUGAUGCAGCCAUUUUGGGGAACUCCAACAUCCUCCUGUGUUCAAGUGCAGAAGAGGAAGCUCUGGAGGACUUAAAGGGAGAUGACCUGGAUGACUUGGUGCCCAGCCUGGAGAUGGCAGUGACUUCUGAGACGGCUGUAUCCGUCCCUGACAUAGACCUGAGCGGCCCCUUCUGCCUCUCCGAUUGGGAAACCCUGUACAAGUCUGUGGCGAAUGACCUUGAAUCUUUGAGCACACCAGUCAUGUCUUCCAGUCCCACUUGUAGCAAUUACCGCACAGUGUUUUCCUUUAAUUACUCUGAGAUUGAUUCCUUGGCUGAGGGCUGCGAGAGCCUCAAAGGCAGCCUUACUGCGUCUGAGUUAAUGAAAGAUAGUCUUAACUCUCCAACACUUCUGGCCUUGUGAAUGCAAACAAGUUAUGCAACGAUACUGUCAUUGUAUUCUAACCAGCCAGCAAGCUAUGAUCUUUCUCAAGUAAUCUUUUAUAGUGUGAGUUUUGAUGUUGUGUAAACCUAAACAUCAAAGGUUCUGUAGACAACAUGUGUUCUGUGACUGUAACAGGGUCGAUUUCUUCCAUAUUGCUGGUGCAGUUCUCUGGGAUGAGACUUUGUGCUGGUGUCAAAAAUGCAUGCAAAUACAAGUCAUCUGUAAUCCAAGAAGGAUUGGUGGUAUCAUGUGUUUUUAAAAUCCCUAAAUGUGAUUUAUGUAAAGUUAGGUCAUGCUCAAUAGCCUACUGUGUUUGUAAUACUGUUGACAAAGUUGUGUUGUAACAAGUGAAAAAAGAAGGGUUACUAAUGUGUAGCGUAUAGGUGUAACAUCUUGCUGUAAGGUGUCCCCUGACUUGAC